CGGGACCUUUUUUACAGCUUCCAUAUUCAUUUUAUUAAGUUUGAAACGAUUCGGUAUAUUCAGUUCGGAGAAAAGUUUCAUAAACGACAACUCUUUGACACCACUUUCACAUCACCUUAAGAUGUCGCUGAAACAACAUUUCAGACUUUUUUCUGCAUCGCUUUACGAUGAACACGUUUCAUGUGAUAUCGAAGUGCUCGGUUCGGCUCGGAUUAAUUAAAUAACGGCCCCGGCGUCGAAUUAAUUAAAUAACGCAAUAAAACUUGAAAGUGAUCAUGUGUUCAAAGAUUACCUAAAUAAGAAACGGUAUUCAUGUCCGCCAUUAUACCAAUAGUGCCACAUAAAAUGAUCUUUGAUACCAAUGGUACCAGUGGCACACUGGGAGACAUCAAUGCCCUCCCAUCCUGCACAGGCGAUGCCGUAUCUGCAGGGGAGGCAUUCAUGUACGCCAUUGUACCAAUAAUACCAAUAGUGCCACAUAAAAUGAUCUUCGUUGAUACCAAUGGUACCAAUGGUACACUGGGAGACAUCAAUGCCCUCCCAUCCUGCACAGGCGAUGCCUUAUCUGCAGGGGAGGCAUUCAUGUCCGCCAUUGUACCAAUAGUGCCACAUAAAAUGAUCUUCUUUGAUACCAAUGGUACCAAUGAUACACUGGGAGACAUCGAUGCCCUCCCACCCUGCACAGGCGAUGCCGUAUCCGCAGGGGAGGCACUCAUGACCGCCAUUGUACCAAUAAUACCAAUAGGGCCACAUAAAAUGAUCUUCGUUGAUACCAAUGGUACCAAUGGUACACUGGGAGACAUCAAUGCCCUCCCAUCCUGCACAGGCGAUGCCUUAUCUGCAGGGGAGGCAUUCAUGUCCGCCAAUGUACCAAUAAUACCAAUAGUGCCACAUAAAACGAUCCACGUCCACCUGGGACUCUCUUGCGCCCCAUCGGGGAAGAAGUCCCGCGGCGAGGACCGCUCGAGAAGCGAGCGGCGAGUACGUAGUUGAAGAAGUUGUUACGCCGAUAAUCGUCCGACGUAGAGAUCUAUUGUAACGGUUAAUAAAAAGAGAAAGGGUUGUA